CUCUCAUUCAGAAUCAGAUCGCUGCUGCGAGACAAAGGGUUUGCGCCGAGACAGCGUUUGACGUCGCCAUGGCCUACCUACUUAGGCUCGGUUGCGGACUUUCUCGGAUACGCUUGGCUCUGACCAUCGGCCUCAUCUGUGCCGCCUUGGUCUGCUUGCACAUCUUCUACCAGAGUGGCCAGUUGCGACAUAUCAGUCUGACCAAGGUUCUGUCAAAGUCGAGGGAGAGCGAAUUACGCUGGCCAAGAUUUAAGAAAUUCAUCGAAUCGUGGACUGCCGUCGAUCCGGACAAACGAAUAUUCGGACCCAAGGCGGCGGCACAAGUUGAUUUCAACAAAGGCAAAGCUCCAAAGCGUUCCAAACCCGUCGUUCCGAGACUCGUUCACUUUGUCUGGCCAAAAAGUGACAAGAGGACAAAGUUCCGUUUCCAUCAACUGAUCACCAUCCUAGCUGCCUACAAACAUAUCAAACCUAACGAGAUUUGGUUCUGGCACGAGGGACAGAUCCCCACUGGGGACUAUUGGAAGGAGAUGCUACGAAAGGUGCCGAACAUUAAACUUAAGUACCGCCCCUUCCCAAGGGCUAUCUUCGGCAGGCCAGUGAAUGUUGAAGAGCAUGUUAGCGAUAUCGUGAGACUCGAAUCCGUCAAACAGUAUGGCGGAAUCUAUCUCGAUUUAGACGUGGUUGCGGUGAGGAACUUUGAUCCUCUACUAUACUAUGAUACCACGAUGGGAUAUGAGGUCCCUGGCGGUUUAUGCAAUGGUGUAAUCAUUUCAAAACCCAGUGCAAUUUUCUUGAACAAGUGGUAUGAGAAUUAUAGAACUUUUAAUGACACCACAUGGGCGGAGCACUCAGUGUUUUUACCAGCGAGGAUGGCGAGUCAAGACCCGGAGUCGAUCCAUACUGAAGCGGAUUCCCUCCAUUCGCCCGGAUGGAUAAGGUUCCCGAGACUUUAUCAUAAUAACUCCUGGGACUGGAGCGAGAACUACGCCAUGCAUCUGUAUUAUAGACUUUAUAACAAGGACCAUAACAAAGAUGACAUUAUGACCUUAAACACGACGCUGGGAAGGUUAUUCAGAUACAUCUACUAUGUGUGAACGAGCUACAGAGACGAGCUUUGUAUCAGACUGCAGAGUUGUUGAUGAUUUUGCUACAUAUAGUGAUGGCGUGACCAAAAUGAUGGUUUGGGUGGUACCAAGAUGAUACUGAAUGCACUUCUGCACCCAUUGCUUCCAUUCUAUCGUGCUGCUUCUAUUGUGAAACCGUCCAACGUUUUGUCACUUUUGUGUGAAAUUUAAGAUUGGGUCGCUGUACUCCAAUGUGCUGUAAUACGUAUACAAGUAUGCACAUCGGCGUGAAUGAAGUAUUUGUUGCCAUCUUCAUUGCAGGAACACUUUUUGUCUAUUAUUGUUGUUCGACAUUUUGUUUUGUAGUACAUACAUCUGGGCUGAGUUGUUCAAAACCAGCGCCGUUAAGUCUUAACAUGAACAUUUUGAUGGUAUUAUCUGAAAGAGAUAACGUCAUUGAGGUCACUUACGUAAACGUUAGGGAUAUUAACGUGACUUUUGUGCUUUUGCACAACCGUGCCCUGUGCACACAGCCACCGUGAGCUGUCAAGCAAGGAUCCCCAAACGGCGAUGGCGUGUCGUCGCCAAUUCGGGUGACAACUCAGGCCCUCGAAACAUCCCGAUUCGACUAUGCCUUGGAGUCGGGAGUUUCAAGAAAAUGGUUGGGCUGCCUGGAUCUAGCUUUGCCGACACAUAGCCGAAUCGGAAUUUACAGCAUUUUACACAAAUAAAAAU